AACAAGCAAAACUGAAGUCUGACGGCUGGGUAGGGUGUCAGCGCCUAGGGGUGGCUGGAGGUGGGUCCCUAGGGCUGGGGUCAUAGCUUUUAACUACUGCCUAGAGAUCUGGAACGGAGGUAGAAGGGUUACGCGCUCCCAGCAGUACCUGUGCUGCAGUAAAGUUGCUAGUGGCAUUUGAGGGUUUUUAGAAAAGCCACCUGCUCCUCCCUGUGGGGUUCUGGUUCAUUCUGGUCUGUUGGUUUUGGAGGGGGCAUCGUUGCUGGGUCUCAGGCCUGCACGCUUUUCAGCCCUGCCCGCAGGUGCUGCCCUCAGCAGGUGGUCAGACCCCCGCCACCGCCAGGACCCUGCAGGAGAAGGUGCAGCCCUCACAGGUCCGGGUGGCGUAUGUCAGGCCACAGGACUUUUGUGGCUGUCGUGGCUGUGUUUACAUGUCUGAUUUCUCCAGCCCUCACUCCCGCUAGAGCUUGUCUUUCAAGGUGGGCUUUCAUCUAGAACAGACCUGAGACUUUACCAGCUUUCCCUUAGGAAAUGGAAACAGCCCUCUUGAGACAAAUUCUGGGCACAUGUUCUCUCCGGAACAGUGCUGCUCUUCUAUACCCUUUCUCAAAGACCCCAGACCCUGAAAUACCUGUCUGUGCCCUCAAUGACAUCGUAGCGUGUCCAUUUCUCUUGAUCGUGUUUUGGAUGCCCUGUUGACUGUCCUGUCUCGUCUCGCCCCAAGAUACCUGGAGGGUCCACAGUUACCUCUGCGCCCCCAUGAGCUUGUGCUCUGGCUCUGCGUCUCCAGUCACCACCCUUUAAUGGGGAAAGCACGUCGUGUGCACACUCUCGCCUACACCCCGCGUCCCCGGUGGGCACCUGUGCAUGUCCUGCCAAACGUGAACGCUGUCCACCCUGGCCUGGGGAGCAGGGGGACUUGGCUCUGGCCCUUCUUGGCUUCAUCGUGAACUUUUCCAGGUCUCAUCUUAAUGAAUACCUACCUUGAAGGUUAGGGAUCCAACAAGAUAAUGAGAGGGUCCUAUCCACUCAGAGCAGGCUAAUGUGAAGAAUUACAGAAUUUUUAAGAGCCCCGGGACAAUAAGACAGUGGGUUGACGUGCAGAGGUCCCUCAGCAUCACACAGGUGCUAAGUGACCGCUGGGAUUUGAGCUCCUGUCUGUGGCUUCCAUAUUCGCCAUUAUAUUCUAGCCCUAAGUCUGUUCGGUAUGGUGUGGGCUAAGUUGCGGUGACCUCGGUCACGGACUCUCCUACCCUGCUAUCUCGGGAUGAUGGGAACAAUUCUGACGUGGGAAUCCACGGUUGUCAUAGGAGAGCCCCUGGCCGCAAGGAACUGGAAACGCACCGAGUCGGGUGUUACUUUUCCUACACAGCGAGGGUGGCCGUGACUUGCAAAAAUAUAAGUGUCCGAGAAGGUCAUCAGAGAGCCGGGCCCCCUCCCUCUCUCCUCUGCUUACUUGGUGUCUUGGUUUUCCUUAAUGUUAAGCACCUUGGUGUCACAAAGUGGCUGCCGCAGCUCCAGCCUUCCCUCCUGUGUGGAAGGCAGCAAGGGGGGAGAGGAGCUGCCCUGGCCGAAAACCCCUACGUCGGACCUCGGAGACCCCAUUGCCCAGAGCCAGGCUGCAUGCCCACCACCAGCUGCAAGGCAUGCUGGGAAAGUGAGCAGGAGAGCCGCAGUUGGCUUCGAUGCACGAGGGUUCAGUCUCUGUCUUUCUGUCUUUCUUCUCCCCCAGAGAAGAAAUGUCCCACACAGGACCCCUCCCCAGGAACCUCUUUCUGAGCACCUUUCUGCAGGAGCAUGGCCCGGAAGUGCUGGAGGUCCCUGGCAUGACUGAUCUCGUGGAGUACUAUGAUCCAGGGCCCUCCCCUAACAGCAGCAACCCCGACGAUGUGGCCAUGCGGCUGGCCUUCAUCGGGGACGAGAUGGAAGUGAGAUGGACGCUGCCCCGCAUCGGCGAGCUGCCCGGGAUGGCCGUGCACAGCUUGGCUUUUACCUACAACCAGAUGGGCCUGAGAGGUGUUCUCCGAAGUUUCGUGGAUGGUCUCACUAACCUCAGGGAGCACAUACGGAUCUGGAGCUUCCUGACCUUCAGGAACAGGGUGUCCCCCAACCCCGGGCGCGGGCUGGUGCUGUCCCUGCUGCUGCUGGUGGUGCUGCUGCUAGGCUGGGGGCUUCAGGUCCUCCAGUGACGCCAGCUGCUGCUCGGGGGCGGGGGGCGGGGCUGGCCUCGCCCCCCUGGCUGCCACCCUGGCGGUGGCCUUGUUGGGUUUGUUGUCUUUUUAACGGUUUUCUGGUGAUGCCUUUUUUAUAUUUAAAACGGAGUGCUGGGACACUACUGAGGUUUCAUACUAGUUUCUUUCUUUUUCUUUUUGUAAGAGAAAUGAAUUCAUUAUACCUCUGGGGUCGUUGCUGGUUAACUGCCCGUGCCAAGGCCUGGCUGGGCCUGCUCUCCUGGCCCCAGCCCACGUGUGGUGGCCUGUCCCGGGAAGGAGGCUUCCUCUCGCUGGGGGGCCCUGUGGCGGGCCGUGGGGGGAGUGCUGGCCACACCCCCAUGUCUGUGAUGCCCCGGGGCAAAGAGAAAAUCUGCUGGAAUAGAUUUCUGAGGGGUGAGGAGAGCUCAAUAAAAUGUUGGUUUCCA